AUGUUGAGCGGCGUUGGAUUUAUUGUAUCUCUUCCUGGCAUCUUAAAACUAUUGGCAUUGCUAUGCAUGAUAAUCGGAGGAUUAAUUUUCGUUUUUGUUACAUCUGGAGGUUGUAAAGAAUCACAAACGUGGGCUGUCACAUAUAUAAUUUCCACAACAGUCAGUGCUGUUCUAUCUAUGGUAUCGUACACACUUUAUGCCUUGAAGUUGAUAAAAUCACCAAACGCUCUGAAAGUGCAACAUAUCGCAGAGAUAACGUUCGCGUAUGCCGUUUUUCUUCUGCUGCUGAUUGUCUCGAUUAUCAUGAUGACACAGUGCACGAACAAAUUAUACACGAUCGACUAUGUCCCUGAGUCGCUAACGAUAAUCGGCGCAAUACUGUUGGCAACAGGAGGAACACAACUUUUUCUUCAUUGGCGCUCAAAGGAAUACAUCGAUGACAUUCAGAUGAACAUUCCGCGGCAUCUUCAACAAAACAAUAAUCCUCAUCUAUCAAGAAAAUCAAUUCUUAUUUAA